AUGUCAUCAACAGAUCACACAUGUCGUAUAUGUCGUGGUGAAGCAACUUCAUCACAACCUCUAUAUCAUCCAUGCAAAUGUCGAGGGUCAAUCAAAUAUAUUCAUCAAGAUUGUUUGAUGGAAUGGUUGAAACAUUCAAACAAAUCCACUGAGAAAUGUGACAUUUGUAACUCCCCUUAUAAGUUUAAGAUUAUUUAUGACCCAGCAAUGCCACAGUAUAUCCCACUUGAUUUGAUUUGGAAAAAAUUCCUACAAAUCACAUCUUCAACUGUAUUCAAAUCGAUUUCAAUAUCAUUAUACAUACUAUGCAUUGUUAUUCAAGUGCCACUCUUUUGGAAAUUCUCCGGAAGAGUGUAUACAUGGGCCAUAGAUGGAACAUUACCAUUGGUGAACCAGAAGUUUGUCGAUGCCUUGUUAUUUGGUGAAUUUGAUAUUAACACGUAUCUAGCCGACAAACUGCAAACACCAAUACAAUUUUCCUUAAUGAAGUUGAAGAAGUUUUUUGGAUACACCUAUUUCAGUGGAGUGAGAUAUUUAUUUGUUGCGAUAGUGGCUAAUAUAGCUUUAUUUAUUGAACGUGAAUGGGUGGUUAGAGACGAAGGAUAUUUGAAGAUGUUGCACAAAAAAAUAGGUAAAGAGCAUAGAGCCAAGCUUGUGGAUAUGCUACAGAAUGCAUUACAAGAUUUAAGAACAGAUGGGAACAACGGUGAAGAAGAAGCAGCAGCAAAUUUACAGCGGUUAGAAACGUUGGCGACAGCUAUAAAUGAUUUGCAAAAUGAAGAUCGGGAUAUGAAUGUUGCUGCUCGUGGAGAAGCGGCUUUACGAAGAGCUAUUGAUCAAAAUCAACUUUUUGGCAAUGAGGAACAACAACAACAACAACAACAACAACCGCUUUUAAACCAAUUUGAUAAUGGGACUGAUGAGCAAGACGCUUUUCCAACGCACAAUUUCGAUGCACCAGAUAAUAUAAUGCAUAAUGUUUUCAAUGGAAGAAAUGACAUUGGUAGUGAGGACGAAGAGGAACGAGAACAAGAACAAGAACAAGAACAAGAACAAGAAGAUGAAGAUGAAGACGAGGAAGCUGCAGACGUGGCAGCGGCAGCAGCAGCAGUAGCAGCAGCAGGUGCCGAUGGUGGUGUUGUGGGUGAAUUUUUGGAAGCUUUUGGGGUUACUCUAACCUUGAGUACACCAAUUUAUCUCAUGUUUCUUUGUAAUUGCGUUGUUGCUGUUUACUUGUUUCUUAUUUACUUGAUUCCUCACAUGUUGGGAAACACUAUUGUUUCCAUAACUACCUUUUUGUUUAAACUCAUCAAUAUAACCUUAGUGUCAUAUAUUUCUAAACGCAUCCCACUCCCCAAUUAUAUUUAUGAGUUUACUUCCCUGUAUGUUUCUUCCUUGGGCACAUUCAACGCAAAUAAAGGUGUUACCUUGAUUGAAAGAAUAUUUAUAUUAGGUCUUGGUUAUGGUUUAAUCUGUACAACUAUUUACAGGUUGAUGAAGUUUUUAGUAUCAGGGCCGAAACCAAUAUCUGGCACUCCGAGAAAGGCAUUUAAAGUAUUGUUUGAAAUCAGUUCAACUGCUAAAGUGUUUUUGAUAUUUGCCAUUGAGAUAUUCUUUUUCCCGGUAUAUUGUGGCUGGUUAUUGGACUUUUGUGCUGCACCUUUGUUUGUUCCUCAGUUUAUCCAAAUUGCUGACAACGGAGAUAAAGUUUUCACAUUUUUAGUUAGUUCAUACUUUGAAAUGAUGCAACUACCUUACUUGAGAGUUUUGUUAUAUUGGGCAAGCGGGACGCUUUAUAUGUUAUUUUUCGCAUUGUAUAUCGGUAUGGUUAGGAGCACAAUAUUGCGUCCAGGGGUUUUGUUUUUCAUAAGAUGUCCAGAUGAUCCAAACACUAGAUUAAUACACGAUGCCUUGGUGAAACCAUUGUCAUUGCAACUUUCACGCAUUUAUUUAACAGCCAAGGUCUAUAGUGCGUUUAUAAUUUUCGGAAUUGGUGGGGUAACAUGGGGAUUACGGUACCUUGUAACUCCCAAAGACAAGGAUUAUAAUGUGUUUUUACCUAUCCAAACUCCAUCAUACUUUACAUAUCUAUUAUUGGCAAUAAUUGUUCCAACAUUAGUUGAUUCUCAAGCAACAGUCACCAAAUAUGUUAGACAAUAUUGGGAACGAGCAUUUGAAAUUUCGGCACAUAAAUUGAGAUUGUCUCAUUUUAUAGUGGGGAAACCCAUUUCAAGUGAAAGAGGAUAUGUUAUUUAUAGAAACAUUUGGUUACAGUUAUUUGGUCUGAAUGUGCAACCUGAUUAUACUCAACCAGUAACCCGCAAGGAAGCUUUGGCAAAAUUUAAACAGGACCCUAAUGCUGUUGCAUUUUUUGUCCCUGAUGGGAAUUAUGUUAGGGCUCCUGCCAAUGAUACGAUUUCCAGAAAGUUUGUGAAAAAAUUAUUUGUUGCAGUAUCCAAAGAUGAUAGAUUAUUACAGGAAGUCAAAGAAGCGCCCAAACGCAGUGGUUAUGAAACACCUACUUCGGAUGAAGAUGAAGAUACCACGACUACAACCACUGAUGAUGCUUACACAAUUGUUUAUAGACCACCUAAUUUCAAAUUAAGAUGUUUUGCAUUAAUUCUCAUGCUUUGGGUAUUUUCCAUAAUUAUAAUUUUACCCGUGCUUUUAUUUGCGGUUGUUCUUGGACGUCCAGUAUUAAGAGCUAAUCUGAUUAUUAUUGAUCAAUUACCACAUAUCAAUAUUGAUGAGUUGACUAACAUGGAUUGGAGAUUAACAGACAUAGGUUCAAUUGUAAUAGGAUUGGCUAUUGAAUUACAAGCAUUGAUUUAUUAUGACAAGAAUUUAGCAGCCGAUGCACCAAACCAUGAAGGUGGAAAUGAAAUCCAACAAGCAGCAAAUCCCGUACAAGGCAUGUUAUUGCAAGGUAACUUAUUAAAUCAAGCUUUCAAUAGAUUACCUGCUCCAGUACUAUAUACUUUACCUAGUCUGAUGUUAUGGAUUAUAUGGAUACUUACUAUUCAUAAAUUAUGUGUCGAUCAACCAAUACGGUAUAUGACAGGGAAUUUGCAAAUUGAAUUUUUAUUGAAUUUUAAAACUUUAUUGAUUCAUUUUUUCGUUUCCUUUUGGACUAUUUUACCAGCAUUAAUUUAUAUAACUCGAAGAAUCCCCGUGGAAGGUCAUACUGCUUGGCAAACUUUGAAAAGAUGUGGAAUAACUCCAUGUUUACUUAAUUUCAGUAUGGUUCAUAUUCCAGCAUUCAUUGUUCUUUAUAGUCUUAAAUUAUUGGAUAAGACAAACAUUUCCAUUAGUUUCUAUAUUUGGCCCGUUUUAUUUACAUGCUUUGCUUUGGUUAAAUUGAUUACGGAAGGUGCAAAAUUAUAUACAAAUAUCAAUGACCAAGUAAAACAAGAAAAAUAUGUUAAGGGUAGAGCUAUUGAAAAUGUUGAAGAUGAUGAAUGA